CCAUCCUCUUGGCAAACAGCGGGUGCGUGGUAGGCUUAAGGAAAGGAAAAAACGAAAGUGCCUUGCAGACAACAGAAUGGCCUCCGCCUGUCAUUCUGACGACGAAAGCGUUUCAUCAACUGAUUCUGACGUCAGCAAUGGGUCUGACAGUGCUGAAUUUUCAGAUGAGGAUGAUAAUUCUAAGAGAUCUUUGAGGGAGCCCUGCACGUUUUACAACAAAGGAAACUGCAAGAAGGGCAGGAGCUGUCCUUUUUUGCAUGUCUGCAAGUAUGCCCUUGAAGGAAACUGUCGCUAUGGGUCCAGAUGUAGACUAAAUCACACUGUAAGUGGAGGGGUGUCCUCUGGUGCAAGCAGCAGGGCUUUGGAUCUAUCGUCAUCUAGUGGCUCGAGGCUUACUGAUGGCCGAUACUACCAGUGGCAGCUCAGGACCAGAGGUGGCUGGAAGGAUGUUGAAAAUGACCACAUCCUUGAGGCCCAGUAUUCACUGCCCCACAUCAAAAGCAUCAAAAUAUACAACACACAGUAUGGGGCAGUGAGCAUAGACUUUAAAAGGAUGUGCGUUCAUGGGAAGAAACUGCGAGUGAGACGUUUGGAUGAUGGUAAGACCGUGUGGAUUUGGUACUGCAUGGUGGGCCGUAAGUGGAUCGAGUAUGGAGCCAAGGAUUCAAAGGGCAACUCCAGUUCUCUGAAAAGUUCUGACAUAGAGGAAACGUUCCAGAGUAACCCAACAGGCUCUAAGACUGUCAACAUCAAUGGUGAAAGCUUUGAGAUCAAAUUUAAAGGAAUGCAACAGGUGGGUCAAAAUAGAAAGAGGAAAGUCACUCGUCGACCUCUGUACCGGCAACCGCAAGCAGCUGCAGGAGUUUCUCAAGCAGCCUCCCUUUUCCAGAACCUUUUGCGCACUACACCACAGUGGGAAUUUGAAGGCGACAGUGGAAAAUGGCACAAGUUCAAACACAGGAGCAACACUUCUACUGAAUGCUCAAUAACCAAUGAUGACAUUGAGAGGAAGUACCAGCAAAACUCCAGUGACACCAUGCCCUUCACAGUGGCGGGACAAUCCUACAAGCUUGACUUUGGAGCAAUGAUCCAGACUAAUCUCAGGACAAAUCACACGCGCCGGGUGAGACGCAAACUGGUGUGAGCAUUAAAGAGGAUUUCCUGACCUCAAGAAGACUGCGCAUGUACCAUGUUGCUGCAGUAUUCCUUUAACCUGACAUUUAUCUGAAAUGUAUUUUUUUUAUGUUUAAAGCAUCAUUUUUAUUGUUAGAUUUCAGAAGGUUUGCCUCAUUAUGGGAAGUUUGAUAAAUAUGUGGCGAAGGCUUUGUUGUUUACAAACACCCUUUUAAAUACUGCCUGACCCACUCCAGUACUGCACUGUAUUUACUUUUACCUUUUGCAUUAUAUUUGUUUAAAUUAUUCAUUGUUACGUCCCGCGGGCCUAGGGGACAGGGGAGCAACAUACGCCUUAAGAAAGGAACUAAAACAAAACGGCACGCAGCCGUAACAUUCAUCCUAUCAAAUUUAAGGCAAAGUGAUUCAUUUUUUCACACUGCCAUACGGGGAAGUGCAUUUGUUUGCCAUAUCAAGUAUCAUGAGAUAUGAUACUUAAUAUUUAAUUCAUGCAGCAAUAUCUCUACACACUGCCUCUUUUGGUGUAGAGUAAUUAGAUAUAACAGAAUUGAGCAAUACUGGUUCAAGGCCUUUUUGCACAUUAGAUUUGAGGUCUUAUGCUUUUAACAUGCAGACUGCCAUGCAAACUCUUCAUGCCUCUUUGUGCCACACUUCUUGGUUUGUGUUUUAUGGUUUAUUCUGCUUUAUAUAAAUGGAUCAUAAAUAUAUUGGACUGGCUUGGGAGAACAGACCACUGAUUAUUUCUUAUUCUCAUUCUCUGAUAGUAAUAAUAAAAAAAAAGUUUGAAAAUAAAAA